AUGCCGAAAACAUCAGUGUGGAAGACUCGCGUCGGAACCCAAAUCUUGAUGGGCAAGAUCACCGACAUCACUCAAAUCGGAAUCGAUCGAAUUCCGUGUGCACAUGUAUGAAAACAAUUCAGUUUUGUUCAAUUCAGCUAUGUUUUGAUUUUCAGGUUCGCUGCCAGAUGAAUGAAUUCAACAUCUAUCUGAAAAAGUACUUCGCCAGAUCAUUCGACUUCUGGGCUCUCGAUAAGUAAGAUUUUCCUGAAAAUCUGUCUAUUUUCAAUAUAUCAACUUCCAGAACAUCAGUCGGAAACAUCGGAGAUACCGUUCUUAUUAAGCAGAUUGACGGAUCGUCCCGUCCGAAAGCCAACGUCUCCCACAUGGUCGAUCGCGUCGUUUUCAAAUUCGGAAACGUGGUCGAUCCGGUGACCGGUCGCAAAAUCUUCAACGAUACGUUCGCUGAUGAGAUUGAUCUGAAGAAGAUUCUUGUAGAAGAGGUAGUUGACAAGCCGUUGGAAGAGGAAUCAAUGUUGUUCGAGGAACGAAGAGCCCUGCAGAUCAGACGACUAGAGCAAGAGAAAGAGGCCAAUGUGUAG